AAUUUAUUUAAAGGGCGCCGAUGGGCUUUAUGUUCGACAGAGGAAGCUCUGUUAGAGGAGGGAGGUUGCGGCUUUCUACUCCCAACGACUGAAUGAACCUCCUUCUUCAUUUCGUUUUUUUUUAAAGGCUGAAUAGGAAUGCAUUAAAGGAAGGGGGCCUUGAUGUGGGCAGUAUGAGUAAGACGCCCCCUAACAGAAGAGGGAUAACAUUUGAGGUGGGCGCUCAGCUUGAGGCUAGAGACAGCCUCAAAAACUGGUAUGCUGCCAACAUAGAGAAGAUUGACUACGAAGAUGAGAAGGUAUUAAUCCAUUACCGUCAGUGGAGCCACCGCUACGAUGAAUGGUUCGACUGGACUAGUCCCUACCUGAGACCAGUGGAGAGAAUUCAGCUGAGACGGCAGGGCCUGCAUGGUGAAAGCUCUCCGCCUGGCUUUCAUGUAAAUGACAAGGUUCUGGCCAGCUGGUCUGACUGCCGUUUCUACCCAGCGAAGGUCAUUUCAGUCAAUAAAGAUGCAUCCUACACCGUGAAGUUCUAUGAUGGCGUCAUCCAGACGGUGAAAGGGAUGCACGUGAAGCCUUAUAUUAAAGAGAGAGGUGGCGCUGGGGGGAGAAAUCGGUCCUCUGAUAAGAAUAUAGUGCGAAGGGCCCCAAACCGCAGAGAGCGAAGGCCUCAGGAGAACGGCUGUCCCAAAAACAAGCGAGCGAGACGCAGCACGUCAGACCAGGAGGAGGACAGCAACAGUGAAGAUGAAGAGCAAGAUGUGGCGGAGGUAAACGGCAAAGAUCCCAAACUUAACGGAGUGUCUGAGGCUGAACAUACUGUUAGCAAGCAGGAAAAAGAAACCUCAGGUCACACCGAACAGCUUAACGGCACAGAGGCUGAGAAGGGAACAGAACUCACAAACGGGGUGAAGACUGAGAAAGAGGACGAGGAGACGGAGGGGAAAUGUUCUGUGAACGGAUUCGUGAAGCAGGAAGAGGAGGAAUCGGAGCAGAUCAUAACAAAGCCAUACACCGAGUCAUCAAAGCCAUACACAGAUAUGCAGAGUGAGCCAUUGGUGCAAACAGAGCAGGACUCUGUCACUACGACAACCGGUGACUCUGCCGGCGAUGUGGAGCAGAAGCCAGGCGUCCAAUCAGAGAGAGCGCAGCCUGCAGUGGAUGUACCGCCUCCUCAACCUGUGAAACCGGUACGAAAGCAGGGCUUCCACAACCCUAACAGAUUCAGCAGAGAGCCGUUGUACAGAGUCAUCAAAAACCAGCCUCCUCCAGUUCUGUCAAUUAACCUCGACCAUAAUCCUUUCAAGUGUAGCGCUCCAGGCUGUGCAAAGUCAUUCCGUAAAGCAAAGCUGCUGCAUUAUCACAUGAAAUAUUACCACGGCGAAGAGCCGCCUCCAGAGGGACAGCACAGCCCCACCAGGAGCGUCCAGACCAGGGCCUCAGAGAAGCAGUCCACAGCAGCCGCUGGACUGGACGGCUCCAAGAGAAGGCGCACAAUCUCUGCCUCUAUGCAGUCAGCUGGACCCGCUGCUGCUUCACGUGGCGAUAUCAAGGCUGCAGGCAGGCGCACGUCGGCGCCCCCAGCAGUCAGCACACAAGGCCAUCAGCAGAGGGCGCUGCUGAGGGAGAAGAGUAAGGAAAACCAGCUGGACAGGAACCUUUGCCAGAUGCAGGAUAAGGACACUGACAAGAUCUGCUUCGACAUCGGGUCUGUAAGAGAAAAACUCAAAGAGAAACCCAAACAGAAGGACUUCCUGCGCAUUAAACUAAAGAAGAAGAAGAAGAAAAAGAAGGCCAAGUCUGAAUGCACAGGUAGUGAGGAGAAUAUUGACAUCUCAGUAUUGGGUCUUCACUCCAAAUUGAAUUUUCCACUCAAAUCCCCCCUCUCACACAAUCACAAGCCUGAGGCCUACUCCAGCAGGCCCGGACACAGCUACUCAGAGCAGAUACUGGUUGAUGAUGAGGACAGCAUCAGUGACUGGUCCACUGACAGCUGUGGGUGGAGCGACGACGACUUUGAGAUGGAUUUGGACGUCACUACUCCUCCCCUCAGCGUGGACUCGGGCGCGUUGGACUCCAACGACCAGGAGAUUGUGCGAUGCAUCUGUGAGGUGGAAGAAGAAAAUGACUUCAUGAUUCAGUGUGAAGACUGUCUCUGCUGGCAGCACGGCACCUGCAUGGGUCUGCUGGAGGACAAUGUUCCAGACCGAUACACCUGCUACAUCUGCAGAGAUCCACCAGGCCAGAGGCAGAGUUUGCGCUAUUGGUACGAUCGUGAGUGGCUGACCAACGGCCACAUGUACGGCCUAUCCUUCCUGGAGGAGAACUACUCUCACCAAAACGCCAAGAAGAUCACCACCACCCACCAGCUGCUAGGAGACGUGCACCAUGUGGUGGAGAUUCUCAACGGGCUGCAGCUCAAGAUGAACGUCCUGCAGAGUAGCACUCACCCUGACCUCAGGCUAUGGCAGCAGCCCUGGAAGCAUUUGGAUCGGCCGCGGCUCGGUUCAGACUCAUGCCGAGGCAGUAACACCGCUCCCUCCCCUCUGACUCCUGAGGAGGACAUGAGCAGAGGAGAGAUCUUGAUGUCCAACGCGCUGGAGAAGCUAAGUCGCGCUGCUACAGCCGCCACCUCGUCAUCCUCCAGCUCCUCCCCCGCCUUCCCGUCCUUCCAGGACUCGUACAUUACCAGCGAACACUGCUAUCAGAAACCGCGGGCGUAUUACCCAGCUGUGGAGCAGCGCCUGGUGGUAGAGACCAGACAGGGUUCAGAACUGGAGGACAGCAUGAGGAGCACAGAGGAGCUGCUGGAGCGGGAGCAGCGCUUUGGAAGCCUGCUGGAGAUGGACAAGCCUAAAUCAACGGGAAAUGGCAACAAGGCUUUGACAGGUGUGGCAUGGUCGCACGCUGAGAACAGAGAGGAUGACUGCAGAGACCUGGGAGAUAACGGGCAGUACCAACAGUGGCAGCUUAACCUGCUGGAUCAUAUUGACGCUGUCCAGGAUGAUGUCUCACACAGGAUGGACUUCAUAGAAAGAGAGUUGGAUGUGUUAGAGAGCUGGCUGGACUACACCGGGGAGCUGGAGCCUCCAGAGCCUCUUGCACGUCUCCCUCAACUCAAACACAGCAUGAAGAAGCUGCUAACACAGCUUGGCAAGGUGCAGCAGAUUGGUCUGUACAGCUCCACAUGAGGGCGCCAGAGAUCAGCUGCUGGUUAGGGCACCACAUGGCUCGCUUAGGCAGAGCGGAGGCACAGGCUGUCUGAGAGGAGCCGUGGACGCUGCAGCUCCUACGUUGUUCAGCUUCUCCUGUUCGAGGUGAAAUCUAGUGCUGCAGCCAGCCUGUCGUACGAAUACUGAUGACCAUAUCAGGAUCUAACACAAACGGCGACCUCGUAAACAGCAGAAAGAAACCCUUAGGACCAGAUUUCACUCAGUGUGGGCCCCAUGCAACUCUAAACCUUGUUAAUGCCUUGUGUCUGAACCGUUACCUUAAGGUUUGCCCUGUUUCUCAGUGCUUUACACACAGCUUUAGAUUCAGAUCGGUUACCUGAACCAACACUCUUUUUGCAUUUCUGCUUGUUUUUUGCAUUAACUUAAUCUCACACUUGAUUUUUGUUCAUCUGUUCAGACAUUUUGAGUCAAAAAAAUUAUUUAGACAGAUGGUAAUUUGAAGACAUUCACUGUAUUACUGUUAAAAUGAUCUGUUUCUAUUACACUGUGAAGUUUGUUUUUUCUCACAUGAAAGGUAGGUUCUGUUUUGCCUUGUGCUGAAAUUCUUUCCCCAUGUGCUCUUCAUCACUUUAAUCCUUUUAUUUGGUUUCUCUAAUUGUGUCGCUGUAGCAUUUGACGUAUGAUUCACUGGGAACUUGUAAUGUGGAUUCCUCUUAACAUAGCAUCUUGUGUAAGUGUAAUAUAUUACCCUUAACAUGUGUACAUUUAUUUCUUUCUUAUUCUGUUUCAUCUGUUUUUAUUUUUUUUUUCAUGGAGUCUGUUUUAAGCUGUUGUUCAGAUUGUGUUCUGAAUAAAAAUGCAGAUAUUGUAUGCUAAUGUACUGUAACUGUCUUAGAAGCAGGGAAAAUGUCAAAGACAGAGCAAACAAUUCUCCUGGAACAUAAAUAAACUAUCAUUGUUAUUAA